AUGGCGGCCUAGAAAGAUUUUCCUUCUGGUGUACGGUGUAAUGCUGACUAAUCAUACGGACGAGUCAUUUGCACACGUUUAGUCUAUCUCAACAUCUGGGAUUUUACAAUCGGGGUUCAACAUUUUCCAGUCUCGUUCAGCUUGCGAGCCUGUUGUGAAAUACCCGAUAAGGGUAUUCAAGGGACAAGCCAAUCAGCAAACGUCUGGGUAUUUAUUUGUGUGUUAGGACGUACAAUCGACCAUAGAUAUUGUGUCUCAGCACGUUUAGUACCCGGCGUGUUGGCAGGGUUGUGAGUGCUGUUUUAUUCCACACUGGAUGAAGGAUUUACAAGAAUAUUCCAGAUUACAUGAAGCAUCCGCAGUCCCCGGUGCCUAUAUACCUGUUGUUGAAGAAAUAUUGGUCAUAUGAAGAAUAACGGUAUAUCGGGAGAAACCCAGGACAGUGUAAUUAUGAGCAAUGGCAGAAAGGACACGCAGAACGGGUAUUUGAACGAGGAUUGGAACCACAACAUCACGUUACCGGUUCAGGUUCGACCGAGGCAUGUGGAAAAUGGACGAAAAAGAAAACUGGUUCUUCAUUUUGAUGUGCGGAACACCGUUCUUGUCGCGGAUUCCGUGACCAAGGCUCACAUGGAGCAAGCUCUCAACAGCUUCCUGUCCGGAGUUGUAUGGGGCAAUGAGCAAGAGGACGGCACCUGGAAGUGGCAGUGCGAUGAGCCCUCACUGGUACCACCGCAAGAUGGCGUGAUUACGUUUUAUCGGCAUCUUGAGAAACUAACGGUUAAAUGUCCGAGCGACCGUGAACGGCUGAGAUUCCUUACUGGAGACUUCACGGACACUGAUACCGGAUUAAAAUUCUUGCCGCAUUUCAAGAAACACUUGGAAUUGCUGAAAUGGAAUUACUCAAACGACGAAUUUUGUGAACGACGUCUGACCAUGAAAGGAGUUGACGGUAAGCCCUACCAUUACAUACUGCCAUCUGUGUACAAGCUCAUACAUCAGUUGAAAGAAGACAGGAGAGAAUUUGCCAUUGUUUUAAGGACAUACGGUUUGGAUUGUAAAAAUGUUUUAUCAAGUUUAUCCUUUGGACUGAAGGGCAAUCACCCUGGUUUCCCUCAAGAUGCGCAUGUGCCCGUUAGCACGUUUCCCGGGCACAUCCGGCGCACGGAAUCAGGGGACAUCACUCUGGAGACUUGGCAAACAGGUGUCGGUGAUGUUGCAAACAAACUUCAGCAUGAAAGGGACAUUUACCGUCAUUUGUCCAACUCAGGUGGCAUUACAGGGUACAAAGAUGAUUUUCAAAUCUGGCAGAAUAACAAUUAUCAUCAUUCUGUAGCAAAACCUCUGUGGAUAGAUCCCAGUGACCAUCACGUCCACCAUAUCUUUUUCGACGACAACUUCCGGGCUUACGAAGAGGACAGUAUUGUUGAUGUCCGCAUGUUUGAUAUGGAUGAUAAGACAAAGGCUCGUAGUCUGACGAGGAAGGAACUGGAACGUUUUGAGGACGUGUGUUUAGUCCAAGCAAACCUCUUGGAAAGUAUAGAAAACGUGAACUAUUUCAUUGAGAAGGUGAACAAGUGCGAGAUGGGAUACUCGAAGUUUCUCAAGCUUGGUGCAUUGUGAUCACGCGGACAUCACACAUCCUCAAUCAACCACUGCAUUUCUCCGUUCUAUUAGGAUACAAACCCAGUUCGCCUCCAUAGCAACGUUUAAGAACGCUGAGAAUGUCUCGAUGCUAAUGUAUAAAUAUACAAAGAAUCUACUGAGUGAGUGGGUGUGUACGCCGAUUUUAGCAAUAUUCCAGCAAUAUCACGGCGGGGGACACCAGAAAUGGGCUUCACACAUUGUACCCGUGUGGGGAAUCGAACCCUGGUCUUCGGCGUGAGAAGCGGACGCUUUAACCACUAGGCUACCUCACCGCCCUUAAGAAUCUACUGUCACAAACGAGAGGAACCUACGUCAUUUUCUCGGCGGUGUCCCCCGCCAUGAUAUUGCUGGAAUAUUGCUAAAGGCGGCCUAAAACCAUGCUCAUUAACUGUCAUUUCCUACACGACGCUAUGAGGGCAAAUGGGCUUAGUGUAUGUUUGUAAUAGAAUGGCGAUAAAAUGCUCCAGACUGCCGAAGAUGAGGACGUUUAUGUGGCAUUGUUGGGAUUUUCAGAAUGAUAUUUCAUAACUCUUUACCAAGAACUUUCACAGGACUGGAUAAUAUGGGUCAUUAUGUGAUAAGCUAUAGCAGCUGUGGUGUACGAACACACAACGACCAUGUAGCUGCCGGUGUUCCUAAACCCGGUAAGACGUCAAGAUAAUAAUGACAUUUUCAAAAUUCGACUUCGUCGACAAGUGUGUCGAUUGUACCUGUUUAAUUAACCUUCUAACUAAUUCCAUAUAGUUUGCAUAUUACUUGAUAAGGUAUAUGUACCAGUAUAUAUCUAUAUACAAAACAUACAGCUCAACUUAGCAACUGCGGUGAGGUGUUAGGGCACUGCAGCGUUUCAAGUAGGCUUAGUGCAAUGCAAUGUGAUAUUUCCGUUCUGCAUGAUUUGGGGAUUUGUUUGGGGGUUUUUGGAAUUAUUUUUUCGAGAUUGUGAGGGGAUACGAACAACGUAAUUAUUUAAAUUAAAAAAUUAAAAGUUUUUAAUUUGUAGCCAACAAAAUGUUCCUCCAUAUGUUGUGUACGUGUAUGUUCCCAAGAUACGCAUACUGCUGAUGACAAUCGCUUGUGUGCAACUGGUACAAGCAUCAUUGUAAAUCACGAUAAUACUUUGUGAAAAUGUAUGUAUUUAGCUAAUCACUAAACAACAAUGACAUAUGUUACUUGAUGUCUAAGUGGCAAUAUGGCAUCCACUUAUAUACUAUUGAUGUAGUGAUGACGCCAGGGAGGGAUGAAUGAAUGAAUGAGAUUUUAGACAUGUCUGUUUGUAGAAAUAAGGUAUGGUUAUUCAACCACAUUUGUGUACGGUCUGAAAAGUGAACGUUUUGCAAGAAUUUCAGUAUGAUGCCACUGGAUCUACCUCUGAUUUUAAAAUCACCCAAAAAUUUAAAAUUAACUGCAACUGUGUCAGUAGUUUGAAACACAGAUAGUGCUCAGGGUUGUUUUCGAGAUUUACAAUUCUUCAAAUCCAGUAGGUCGCUGAUUUUUGUACUGUGCCCAAUAUGAGCGUUACAUAGAUGAGUGACAGUGAGUGAGUGAGUUAGGUUUUCACUUUGAACAGUAUUCCAGUUUAUAUCACGAUGUGUCUGCUAAAUGUGGGAGGAAAUCCCGAAGUAAUGCAGGUCACAGACAUUUACCGCGUAGGCUACAUCCACGAAAACAAGUAUGAUGCUGACAUACCUGGAACUAUAUUAAUGUCAGGAACAGACCUUUAUAGCUCAAAUUCUAAUGUUACUGCCAAACAGAAUGGCAUGGAACUAUAUAUAAAGAGGUGAAGUUCGGCAGUAUACAGUUGUACAUAUGUAAAGAAAUCCAGAAAAUACCUGAGGAUAAAGUUGAAACGCGUAUAAGGGAAAUGCGUAUUAUGACAUUAUUUUGUGAAUUUCUUUGCAUUUAUAUAAUAUAUCGUUAUGUUUUGAAAUUUUAUUUUGUCAUUUCAUCAUUAUCUUGUGUACAGCAUUAUAUACAAGUCCGUAUACAGGACGUCUAAACUCACACGGGAAUCCUCGUAAGUGAGUACUUAGGGUUGCCUUUGGAGCAUAAUAAUUCUGUCAUAUUGGGACACCAAUACCAUUUUACUUCAAUAACUGCUCGCUGAAAUAUUCAUUAUCAUAUGGGAUAAAUGGCUGUUUACAAAUGAAUUGACAUGCUGGGAUAUACCAUAUGUAUAUGCCUUUCAUAGCUCACACACGAUGAACCGCUCUAAAUACAACAUAUUGAAAUGGG